AAUAAGAUCGACACAAUUACGCAAGGCGGCGAUGUAAUGACAACAUGAAAUAUCCAGUUGUGAACAGUGCGCUUAAAUUAAGAAGAAAAUGAUGGACAAGGAAAAAGACUCUCAGUGCGUUAAUUAUAAUUUGUGUAAUUCGACUUAAAGGAUUCUUGAUACAAACAGACGAGAAGCUUGACGAGUUGAACGUCUAUCCAAGGAACGUGGAGAAGGACCCUAGAAAAGUUGAGCGGACCACAGUGACGACCUACAGACAGAUUUUCGGUGCAUGCUGCCGUUUGACGAGCCAAAAGUAGUGAUACAGCAUAUGUGUUCAGCGUUUAUGUUGCGGUACAAACGUAUCGUCAAUAUUUAGUCCGUGGAUUCUACCCUCUUUUAAAAAUGGCGACUGCUUCCAUUUGCCCGGCUUCAUUCGGUCAAGAAGAAAUCAACUACACAAAGAUGCAAAUGAUCAUUCAAAAAGUAUGCCACAAGGUAUUGGUAGAAUAUUUGCUCAAAUAUAUAAAGGACAAACAUCCCGGCGAUAGCGUCGACGUUUUCCUCUCAAACAACGAAAAUACCGUAAACGGAGGUCGUGAUAGCUAUCUUUAUGAGAAGCGAUACUUUCCAAAGGAUACAAACAAACAGCCUGUCAGCACAAACGUUCACAAAUGGGACAUACAAAUGCUUUACUUUGUGUUGACAAGAUGUUGCAAUUUAAAGCAUCUGGAAAUGGACCUAACGUUUAUCAAAGAUAAAAGAAAUUAUCUAUGCCAUCUUGGUGAACCAAAAGUUCCAGAUGGAAAAUUCACAUCGUUUAAACAAGAUAUAGAUCCUAUUCUGGGACGAAGUUUCAAAUGUUUCGGGGACAAAUUUGAGAAAGAAAUAACAGAAGAUAUGGCAAUAAUUGAUAGCCAUCUAACAGAACAACUGAUAGAUGCUUAUCAGGCUCUACAUAGGGAGCACUUUGUUGCGGAGCAAAUCAAGUGUUUAUGCGAAGAAUAUAAACGUACCAGUGCGAAACACACAGACUACUUUAUGCAACUAGUGUGUGGUCAGACAAAGAUACAUGACCUGUUUUUUGCUUUUGCUAAAACAACAUUGGCUCCGCCAGAUGAUUCAAUGCGGACCGCGAGUUUGGACUCGUUCCCACACACGGACACUGCCUUUCAUGAAGCAAGCACUGGUAAACGAAAGACAGGAACAUCGAAUGUGGAUCCUUGUGCACUUAUAACAAACGAACAUGCUGAUGAAAGCAAAAAGCAAAUCGUGGAGGAAGUUCAACAAACCUUUGGCGGUAUGGCUGAGAGUAUGGAGACAAGACGCGAGAACUGGCUGAGAGUGGUCUCGGGACUCCUUUACGUGAAAGAAGGACUUCAGGAAUACGUGGAUACAAAAGGCAAACAACAGUACACAUCGUUCAUGAACAAGGUCAAUGAAAUUUGUAAUAACCAGACAUGUGAUCAAUGUCAGUUCAACAGUAGAUGCGCUAGUGGCAUGACCAAAGUGAAAAGAUCAUCCCGAUUCAGGCCAGGCCAUUUCUGUGAUGAAAUGAACAAAGCAAUCCUAAAUAAUCAUGUUCGACACUAUCCAUUCUGGAUGAACACAGAUUCAACGAAAUGGCAUGAUCAAAACGUCGGUUACUGGGAGGUGGCCAAGUGUUAUCUUAGUUCACCUGGCUACUUGGACAGAAUGGGGCCAAAUCAGGUGGACGUUUCAGGACUGUUAAGCAUCUGUAUAAACAGUUCGUUUAUUAACCAACAUAUAAAAAGUGUGCAGCUUUUUGAAGAGGUACAAUGUAUAAGAAACAAGACCCUGCAUGAAGCCUUCUUUGAGCUGGACGGACAGACAGCAGACGACUACCUAGACAAGAUGAUUACCUUACUGGAGGACCCAAAGGAGCUCAUACAUAACACCUUUGCUAAGCAAGCCGCUGUUCAUUUAACACAGAUUAAAGUCAAAACUGCAAAAACUACGCCUUUUAUGACGGAAGCUCUACACAAACGGCAGCGUAAAAACUUUGACGAUGACACAUCUCUCAAAGAGAUCGAGGGUCUGAAGUACGACAACCUACUCAAAGAACUAAAAGGAUUUAUAAUCGACGUUGUACAUCAACAGCUGAACCAGUAACAACGCGGCCAUAUAUCCAUUGCUUUCGGACAAGUGCGAGAGACUGGACAAGUUGAACGUUCCUCAAAAGAUUUCGAAAUAACGCGUAUAAAUUUUACACAAACAUAACUUUAAAAAUUGGCAAGUGUUUAAACAUAAUUUUCAUUGUGAUUUAUAUACCAACUGCAUCAUCGAAAUGGUGUCAUGGAACCAUAUAUUUACACUAUAUGAAUACAAAUAAAUAUAUUAAAUAAGAUUAUUGAAUAUAUUAUAAUGUUAUUAAUUAGGUGAUUUCAUAUUGGCCCAGUUAUUUGUCCGAGGUUACCUGUUUGUGUCUGAGCCUGGAGGGCGAAAGGAAAUACUUGUGACCGAUAAAUGGCCAUAUAUUGUACGCAAAAUGAAGUUAUAAUACUAAAGUGUUUGUAUAUGUUUGCUAGUUUAGUUACGUUAUGCAAUAUAUGAAUGUAAUUCAUAACAUGUUUUAGUGUAUUGUGUGCUUACAUGUAAAACAUUUAUGGUACAAUGAAAUAUCAGUUGAAUCAACUUGCACUAUAUUCAAGAUAGAGUUAUGCCACUUGGUCAAUCAAAUAGGUUUGUUUAUGUCUUAAGAACACUUGGCUUAAGUUGCAAUACAAUACAUGAAGUAAUUUGCUAAACUAUGGACUUCAAUGUACUUACUCGCAAAAACCGACGCUUAUGUCUACGCCAGUUUGAGGAGUAUAGCUUUCCUCUAUCCUUAAAAAGUCGACCUCAAAUUGCAUUUUUACUAUGCACGUAUAGUUUAAAUAUAAUCAUUCUUCAAAACAAGAACAAUUAUUUUCUAUUAUAUUUUGAGCCCGCAGCAUUUACUUGACUACUUUAAUUCAUUUAGAAAAAUAAUUGGUAACUAAAAUUUGCUUACGAUAUUUUUUAUCAUGUGUACUAUUUGUCAAGCUUUCCAUGCGGACUACAUGUUGUUGUUUUUUAAUGUUGAGUGAUGUGGUAUAGCUAAAACUAACAAGAUUGUAAAAAAACACAAGGUUUCCUUUGUUAUCAAAAUUGGCUUAGAAGUUUUAAAAUGCCUGAUAUGUAUGUAACAUAUGCCGAAAUCAAUGUAAAUAUGAAUAUAUGUUUUGUGUGAAUUAUAACUGAUACUAACAUUCUUGCUAAGUUGUUGAAACGUAUUGUCGAUGAAAACACGUGUUUACUUGUUAAAGAAAUAAAUAUUUACACUAAUUAUUAACUAUUAUUUAUGAUUCACUUGAUGUUCUUUGCUUUUAAUAUAGGAGGUAAAGAUACACUUUGUUAAGGUUUUUCUUCCGCGUGUCAGACCAAUGAAUAUCUCAUAAAAGUAGGGUUAUACAGAAAAUAUGUAUUACACUUGUUAUGAGACAAAAUCAUGACGAUUCCUGCAUAUAUUAUUAAGCGGCUCAAUUUCAAUUUAUUUAAUACAUUUGAGCCAACAAUGGAAUGCCUACGAGAAUCCAUGACACCCCACAUUGCUCUUGAAAUGACCGCUGCUUUGAUAUAUUUACAAUGUGGCCUUCUAUAUCCUUCUCAAAUUAAAGGUGAUUGACGUGUUUGCUUUUAGUGUUGGUAAAGGAAACCAUUUUGCAUAAAUAUUAAAACAAAAAUGAUUUUUAAAUAAAGAUUAUUCAAUUUUAGUCAUUUAUCGCAUAUGUGAACCUCAACAUGUAUUAUAGUAAUUAGCAUGGCAAAAGUGUACAAUAUUUACAGAUACGUUUGCAUAUUAUUUUUUUUAUUUUUUUUUUUGUUUAUUGACAUUUGUUUGUAUUCCAUACACUAACCUUACAAUCAGAUCGCACAUUUAUAUAUGCCCGCGCUUAUGAGUAUGAUACAUUAAUUGUAUGUUUUAUAUAAUUCCUUUUCUUUCUCACUGUAGCUCAAUAAAAUACCAUACCGUACAUGUAUUUGCACAGUUUAACAUACAAACCAAUAUUGAAACAGUGAAUAAUAAGAACGCUUAACUUAUGAACAGCUGUUAAGUUUUUUCUUUUUAAAUUUGAAAUGUUUUGUUGUCGUAAUUGUAUUUGUUUUGAAAUAAAUGCCGUUUGAAAUUUA